UAUAUGGGAAUUUCUUUUUCAAAUAAUACUCUAUUCUUGGUUUACUUUUACUGUUUAGAUUAAGAAUUAUAGUCCUCACUUAUUGUACUCCUAAUGUUUUACGAUAACAACAAUCCCAAAACUGACUUUUGGGGAUGAUACUGUGUAUAUAGAUUUUACUUCUACUUCAAAAAGAUUAUUUUGAUAGAUUUUCAGACUCAAAAAAAAAAAAAAAAAGGCGGGGCAACAAGCAGUAAUAACAUAAGAAAACCGUAGCAAACACUAGGCAGUAAUAGCAAUUUAAGAAUAAGAAAUAUGUCAUACUAACACGUCGACUAGCUACUAACUUUCUAUCUUAAUUCUUGACCUUCACGCACCGCCUUUGUUUUACACUAAUAUUUAAAUGGGAUAUUUGGAGUCUAUGUUUACAAACUUUCUUAAAAUAAUUGAGGUGCCAUUUGGCGGACCUUCAAAUAGCAAACAUGUUUCAAUUGCUUGACUUAGGGACAUCCUGCAAAACGUUGUCAUUGAACUAAUUCUUUAGUGAAAACAACUUGAUGGCUGCUUCAGAAUAAUUAAUUAAAUUAAAGAAACUGUGGUGUGUGAACACCUUUUUUUUUCUUUUGUGGAGAAAAUAGAACAAUGGAAACUUAUCAGAAAGUAUGUGAUAAACCUAUAUGUGUUGCAUCUUUGCUUCUUCCUAUUUUUGUUUUGUUCUGUUAUUCUCUUUUUCCAUGUCCACAAUGUGCCAAUGAUUAUUCAAAAUUAGUACCUUGGUAGGUAGAAUUCUCAAGUCUUCAGCUUUUAAAAUUAAAAAAAAAAUCAAAACCAAGAAAAAGUGACUGUCCACAUCUAGGAAAUUUCAUAAAAAAAUAAACAAUUUGUUUUGAUUUUGAUAUAGUAGUACUCCCUACUAUGUAUCAAACUUUAUUGUUUCCAGUGUGCAAUAGUUGACUUCAACAAAUUAUCAGGAAGUAUUCAACAAAUUAAUGAGCACCACUUGAUAUAGUUAGCAGUAGUAGUCAAGUUUGUCUAUCAUUUUUGAGUGCCAACUUUCUGCAAAUUUCUUCAUUCACAAAUCUUGAAAGUUCUUUGCAGAAGUUGGGAGAGAUAUGGCUACAGUUUAUGCUGCAGUAACUUCUCUGAUGGGAACAAUACAACUGAUUUCACAAUCCACCUCAGACCUUCAGGAGGAUCACAAAGAACACUUGAAAUUACUCUACGACAAGGUCAAAGAUGUAGCACAUAAAGUAGAAGAUGAAGUUGAAUCACACAUUUGGAGAGGAAACCAUAAGACGCUUCUUAAAAUCUUGCAACGAGUGUUCCACCUUCCAACAAAGGCACAUGAGAGGCUUCUUAUGAUCUUGCAACGGGCUAUAGAAGAAGUUGAUUCUGUCAAGGAAGAGCUCAACAAGCUGAAGGAUAAUAAUAAUAAUAAUAAUAAUAAUAAUAAUAUGCGAGCUGGAAAUUUUUCACUUGGUGGUUCUAGUUCACCACGAUUGCAGGCNCAAUGCGUUUCCUGA